GCCAAGUCAGUUAAGUGUGAAGUUAUGCACUACGUUGCUAUAAUUGAAUCGUCGUUGUCCGUGAUCUGCUACGGCACGUGAAGCUGUGGUGCUUCUUCCGAUUGACUUUGAUCUGUCGAUACCCGUUUGCCGGUUGUUUGAAGGGGCUGAUGAGCGGUGCACGUUUACCUUCGACGACAAUUCCCUCGAAGUGCACAUUAGAUAAUUCAGCAAACUUCUACCGGAUGGUCGAUUCCUCAAGAGGACAACCGGUAUUGAGACGGUAGUGUGUUCUCAAAACAUCGCUUCACGAAGAGUGGUGUUUGAUCGAUCUAGAAAGGCUGGUUGAUGGUGGUCGUGGAACAAGGUGUGAAAUAUUGGCUGACCUGUUUCCAGAGACGGCGAGACUCUUCUGGCUCAACUUACGCGGUAGUACCACGUCGAGAUAGCCAAGGUCAAGUUCGGUAUAAUUGCGCUGGCGGUGUACGUACGUAAUCUGAAGAUCUAAACGCAAUUAUACAUUCAUUCACUCUAAGUACGUGCCGGUAAAGAGAACAUCAACAAAUUGCCGAAAAAAAAGUUUCCGUAUACACGUUUCUCCGCUGCCACAGGCACAGCGGAAGAUGAGAGCCAGGGCGAGACAAAAAAAAUAUUGUACCAGCGCCGGUUUUCGAGUCGGCAACAUUUCAAUCGAUUAGUCUCUAAUGUCGCGCACAUGACUCGGACUACCAACCAGGACGGAUGGCGGUUCGGUUAUUGGGGUUGGUAAUGGUAUUCGUGAUCUUGGCUUCCCAGCGACAAUCAUAGUAAUCAUCAUCAUCAUCAUCAUCAUCACCGGUGGCAAACAAAUCAGGCUGGGUGGCAGUUGUCCAAAAACCAACCAGAGUUCUGUACACAUCAUAUUCUUUCCAUGUUCAGAUCAUCAAACAGGCCAAAAUGUUUCCGCGGUUGAUCGUCGUCGGUUGUGGUUUGUUGACGUUGGGUGUGGAACUGGUGCAUGCUUUGCUACUCCGAAACGACUGCGUGUGUGAUCCGGUCAAUGCAUUUCUCGACUCACUACCGCUCAACCGGGAACGAACGGACCAGUUGUUGGCGUUCGAUGGCUAUCACGGAGAACCGCACCGUGUCGUGACGGAAGAUGGGUACGUCCUCAAAAUUUACCGGAUUUGGCGCGAUCAGCGACCGCCUGUGAACGCAAGCCGUGAAGUUAUUCUACUUCAGCAUGGAAUUCUGCACUCAUCCGCGGAUUGGUUGGUUUUGGGACCGAAACGAUCACUGGCUUACCAACUGGUGGAUCUGGGAUUUGACGUGUGGCUUGCGAAUUCUCGAUCCACGCAGAACUCACAUCAGCAUACAAAGUAUUGCACUUGUUCCCAGGAGUUUUGGAACUAUAGCUGGCAUGAGCUAGGAUACUACGAUCUCGCCGCCACCAUUGACAAAGUCCUACGGGAAACGAAUCGAACGAAACUUCGGUUGAUCGUUUACUCGGAAGGAGGUGCCGUAGCCAUGGUUCUGCUUUCAUCGCGUCCAGAGUACAACGAAAAGCUUAGCUACUUGGAUGCAAUGAGUCCGGGCGUGUUUGUGUCCAACACUUGGUACCGUUUCGUGGCACUGCCUAUAAAAAAGUUGGCGAAAAUAAUUCCGUCUGCCUAUGCAUUGUACGCUACGAAUCAUCUCACAAUACAAGCCUGCGAAAAACAGAAAGAAGCUUGUCUGGACCUUUACUACCAGAUCAUAGCCGGCGAGAGCGUCGGAAUGAAUCGGACCUGGAUCGACCGGAUCUACCCGGGUAUGCCGGCGGGAGGCUCAAUGAAGGAGCUGCUUCACUUUGCCCAGCUCAUCUGGAGCAAGCGAUUCGCUCUGUUCGAUUAUGGUGUGAAAGGAAACUUGCGGCUGUACGGUACCCAAACUCCUCCCGAUUAUCGGCUUGACCGGGUAACGGUUCCGGUAAACAUUCAUUACGGUUUGAGUGAUAAAAUAGUAGAUCCAACCGGUGUUCAAAAACUAGCUUCGAAGCUGAUCAACUGUGCCAAGGUAAGGCAGCGCCCGUACGAUCGGUUGCAGCAUUCGGAUUUUAUUUACGGUGAUUCCGCGUUUGAGAUUGUUUACAAGGAAGUAAUUCGGUGGAUUCUGGAAUAAAAAUAGAAAUAUGAAAGUGCUGUUUUUUGGUCGUGAUUGAUCUGUCUUGGAUUGUGGAGUACCGUUGCAAAUUUACUAUGCAUA